AUGGCAGGAGUUUUUACGUACCUGGAGAACCUGAAGCGGGGGCUGAACAUCGACGUCCUGAGGGAAACGGGACGACAGUAUCCGAUGAUCUGCUUCGUGCUGCUGUCCAUGGUCUGUGGGACUGUGCUUCUCAACAGGUACAUCCACAUCCUGAUGAUCUUCUGGUCGUUCCUGGCGGGUGUCAUCACGUUCUACUGCUCCCUUGGACCAGAGUCUCUGCUCCCAAACAUCCUCUUCACCAUCAAACCAAGAAACAAACAGCGGCAGCAGCAGGAGCUGUUUCCUCUGGGCAACAGCUGCGCCGUGUGUGGAAAGAUCAGGUGUCGACGGCACAGGCCAACCCUGCUGCUGGAGAACUACCAGCCAUGGUUGGACCUUAAGGUUCAUUCAAAGGUGGACGCUUCGAUAGCAGAGGUGUUCGAGCUAGUCCUUGAGAACUUUGUGUAUCCCUGGUACCGGGACAUCACAGACGACGAAGGCUGCGUGGACGAACUGAGGAUGACCUUUCGCUUCUUUGCGUCAGUAAUCGUCCGCCGAGCUCAGAAGGUUGAUGUUCCUGCCGUGUUUGCAGACAAAGUGAUGAAAGCUGCAUUAAAGCACAUCGAAAUUAUCGCAAAAGCUCGUGACAAAGUGAACGGCGUGGGCGCUUUACAGCAGGCCGCUCUGGAAGCUUACGGCUCCGAGCUUCACGUUGCUCUGCACAGCCGCAAAGACGAGCUGCUGUAUCUGAGGAAAGUGACUGAGAUGCUGUUUCCCUACGUCAUGCCUCCCAAAUCCACAGACUGCAGGUCACUGGCUUUGUUACUGCGUGAGGUGAUGGCUGGGUCCGUGAUCCUCCCAACCAUGGAUUUCAUGGCUGAUCCUGAUACCGUGAACCUCAUGGUGCUAAUCUUCGUUGACGACUCUCCACCAGAACCGGCCACAGAACCACCUUCUGCCCUGGUUCCAUUUCUACAAAAAUAUGCCGACAUCAGCAGCAACAAAAAGCAGUCUGUGCUGAAGCUGGAGCUGAAGGACAUCAGGAAGCAGCAGGAUCUCCUGUUUCGCUUCAUGAACUUCCUGAAGCAGGAAGGAGCCGUGCAUGUGCUGCAGUUCUGCCUCACUGUGGAGGAGUUUAACGAUAAGAUCCUGAGUCCGGAGCUGAGCGAGUCUGAGCUGCAGCGUCUGCACUCAGAGGUGCUGCACAUCUACGAGACCUACUGCCUGGAUGAAAGCAUCGACAAGAUCAGCUUUGACCCUUUCAUCAUAGAAGAGAUAAAGAAGAUUGCUAAAGGUCCGUACGUGGAUGUGGUCAAGCUGCAGACGAUGCCCUGCCUGUUUGAGGCCUACGAACAUGUCCUCUCGCUGCUGGAGCGAGUUCUCACCCCGAUGUUCUGCCACAGCGAUGAGUACUUCAGGUACCUGCUGAGAGGAGCAGAGUCUCCCACAAGGAGCUCGAGGAUCAACAGAAACCUGUCAAAACGAGGGGAGACGUUUGGGAUCAGCAGAUUUGGCAGCAAACUCAAAGGUGUGUUCAAGAGCACGACGAUGGAGGGAGCCAUCCUGCCGCCCAGCGCCGUGAACGACGCCGAGGACGACGCGGUGGAGGAGGCCACCGUGGUGAUGGAGGACGACUCCCCCGCAGAGCCGGCCUCCACCGCAGGCAGCCAGAGGAACCUGGCAGCCUGGAGCGUCGCCAUCCCCUACAUCGACUUCUACGAGGACGAGGCCAAGAGGGAGAAGGUCCCCGUCUUCUGCAUCGACGUCGAGCGCAACGACAGGCGCGAAGCCGGUCACAACACCGAGCGCUGGUCUGUGUACAGACGUUACCUGGAGUUUUACGUGCUGGAGUCCAAACUCACUGAAUUCCACGGCACAUUUGCAGACGCUCAGCUUCCAUCCAAGAAAAUCAUCGGAACAAAGAAUUAUGAGUUCCUAGCAUCAAAAAGAGAAGAGUUUGAAGAAUAUUUGCAGAGGCUCCUGCAGCAUCCAGAGCUCAGCAACAGCCAGCUGCUUGCAGACUUCCUGUCUCCUCACAGCAUAGAGUCCCAGUUCUUGGACAGGAUGCUGCCUGACGUCAACCUGGGGAAGAUUUUCAAGUCUGUACCAGGAAAACUGAUCAAAGAGAAAGGACAGAACCUGGAGCCUUUCAUUCAGUCGUUCUUCAACUCCUGCGAGUCGCCCAAACCCAGACCCAGCCGCCCGGAGCUGACCAUCCUCAGCCCCUCUGCAGAGAACAACAAGAAGCUCUUCAACAGCCUGUUUCAAAACAACGCGAACCUGUCGGACAGUUCAGAGAGGAGACCCAACCCCAACUACUUUCUGGACAUGGUCCCGGUUCACGGCAUGUACGACUACAUGAUGUACAUCGGUCGCGUCGUGUUCCACAUGCCAGACUUCCUGCACCACGUCCUGUCUGCGGGCAGGAUCCUGCUCAAGAACACGUUUGAGACCUACAUGGACCAUUACAUGCAGUCCAAACUGCAGCACGUCCUGCAGGAGCACCGCAUGGUGUCGCUCAUCACACAGCUCAGAGACGCGGUGUUCUGUGAGAACGGCGCCAACAGAACCACAGAGGACAAACAAGUCAGAGCCAAGCAGACGUUUGGGGAGAUGAUGAAGUAUUUACCAGACUUCGUGGGGAAGUGCAUUGGCGAGGAGGCCAAAUAUGAGGGAAUGCGGCUCCUCUUCGACGGGUUCCAGCAGCCGCUUCUUAACAAACAGAUGACGUACGUCCUGCUGGACAUCGCUGUGCAGGAGCUGUUUCCAGAGCUCUCCAAGCAGGGACUGAAGGAGACGUUCAUCAUCUGACGUCUGCUGCAUCUGGAUGAAGUGCAAUAUUCACUCUGGGACCACGCACCAGUUUGAGUCCUUUAACACGCUAAUAAAAGAUGAUAUUUAUUGACGUCA